GUAAGCAAGAUAAAGCUAAAGCUGCAGCGAAGAGCCCUGUGUCAGUUAGGAAGUGUGGACAUGCCUGAGCCCUGAGUAGAUCUCACUGCUAACCUUCACCCCCCACUGGGUGGAGUAGGGCUUUUAAGAGCAGCUGGAAUGUAGUUUCCCUGAUCAGCUUAGCCAGUUGUUGCCUGUCUGAACCUCUGCCAGCCCUGGAGAGCGGUGUUUUGAGCUCACACCAGCCAGCCUACUUCUGCGCCCUCACUGCUGCCCGCACGGUUGCCUGAGCAAGACGCUCUCCCAGCGGGAAAGAAGUUUCCCCUUGUCCAGUCAUGGGAGAGGACGCUGCUCAAGCCGAAAAGUUCCAGCACCCAGGCUCUGAAAUGCGACAGGAGAAGGCAGCAAGCCCCAGCCCCAUACCCUCCUCCACGCCGAGCCCCAGCCUGAACUUAGGGAGCACGGAGGAGGCCAUCCGGGACAGCUCGCAGGUGAAUGCGGUCACGGUGCUCACGCUUCUGGACAAGCUGGUGAACAUGCUGGACGCCGUGCAAGACAAUCAGCACAAGAUGGAGCAGCGCCAGAUCAGCCUGGAGGGCUCUGUGAAGGGCAUCCAGAACGACCUCAACAAGCUCUCCAAGUACCAGGCCUCCACCAGCAACACCGUGAGCAAGCUGCUGGAGAAAUCCCGCAAGGUCAGCGCCCACACGCGCGCUGUCAAGGAGCGCAUGGAUAGGCAGUGCGCACAGGUGAAGCGGCUGGAGAACAACCACGCCCAGCUCCUCAGACGCAACCACUUCAAGGUGCUCAUCUUCCAGGAAGAAAAUGAGAUCCCUGCCAGCGUGUUUGUGAAAGAGCCAGCUGCUGGCCCAGCAGAAGUGAAGGAAGAGGUCGCAGAUGAAAACAAGUCCCUGGAGGAAACACUGCACACGGUGGACCUCUCAUCCGAUGAUGAAUUGCCCCACGAUGAGGAGGCCCUGGAAGAGAGUGCAGAGGAAAAGAUGGAAGAAAGUAGGGCAGAGAAAAUAAAACGAUCCAGCCUCCGGAAAGUAGACAGUCUCAAAAAAGCAUUUUCUCGCCAGAACAUUGAGAAAAAAAUGAACAAGCUGGGGACAAAGAUCGUAUCUGUAGAGCGAAGAGAGAAGAUUAAGAAAUCCCUCACUUCAAACCACCAGAAAAUAUCCUCUGGGAAAAUUUCCCCCUUCAGGGUCUCUCCCCUCACCUUUGGCCGAAAGAAAGUCCGAGAUGGAGAGAGCCCUGUAGAAAAUGAGACUAAGUCAGAAGACAUGCCUGGCCCUGACCAGAUGCCCAAUGACCAAGAGGAAAGCUCAUUUGCAGAGGUUCUUUCUGAGGCAUCCCUCCCUAGCACCCUGCAGGAAGGGAGCAACCCUGAAGGAGAUGCUGAGAAGGUAGCUCUAGGAGGGAGCAAUUCAGGAAUGGACAGCAACAUGGACUUGACCAUUAUGGAAGAUGAUGAAGAGGAGUCUGUGACCCUGGACCAGGCCCAGAAGAUGCACUAUGAGGGUGGCUACUUGCGAACCUCUGAGGAUACAGAGUCGGCAGAAGAGAAGCCUGUGCAGGCAUCUGUGCUGCAGGUGGAUCAGACUGCCUAAAGGCACAGCCCAGGGUUCCAGUCUGUACUCAUCAUCACGUGGGAAGCCAGAAUCCAGAAACUAACUCCUCCACACUUCCAGUGCUGCUCACUGAACACUGUGUUACUGUGCAAGCCAUAAUUCACCAAAUAGUAGCCACAUGUAGAAGACCAGAACUUACAACAAAAGCAAAUUAUAUGGGACUCCACUUCUAAUUUGCGCUUAGAUUUAUUUCUGUACAUUUUCUCCAAGAUUCCAGGAAAAAAUGAAGCAACUGAAAGGCACUGACCCCUUUGGCUUAGUCAGAAAAAUCAGAGAAUACUAAAACACUAGUCAUGAAAUGCAAGCCCUAUUUUUGUCUUUCAGUAAGCAUGCUCAAUAGUAUACUGGUGAUGUUUUAAAUGUCUACAUACUCUGUGAAUCCAGUUUUUUAUUCUUUAAAGGUGUGUUAUAUAAUAUGCAUAAAUAUGGACGCUAAAGGCAUACCUCUAUGGCUUAAUAAGAAAAACAUGUUCAAAAGA